AUGGUGUGCUCCAAGAGAAGCUGGUUGGUAGCACUAGUGCUUGUUUCUCUUUGCUGCCUCGCGCGCUCCACAGACGUCUCCCACGACGGAAGAGCAAUAAAGAUCAAUGGUGAACGCCGCAUCAUCAUCUCUGGUGCAAUUCACUACCCACGCAGCACUCCUGAGAUGUGGCCUGACUUGCUUCGAAAAGCAAAGGAAGGUGGCCUUGAUGCUAUUGAGACUUAUAUUUUUUGGAAUGGCCAUGAGCCUCGGCGUCGUGAGUAUUAUUUUGAAGGCAAUUAUGAUGUGAUUAGAUUCUUUAAGGAAAUUCAAAAUGCUGGAUUGUACGCAAUUGUACGGUUCGGCCCUUAUGUUUGUGCUGAAUGGGACUAUGGUGGAGUCCCUGCCUGGUUGCGCAAAAUCCCAGGGAUGGAAUUUAGAACCAACAACCAGCAAUGGAAGGAUGAAAUGGCCAACUUCACUACUUUAAUAGCAGAUAUGCUGAAACAAGAAAGGUUAUUUGCUCCACAAGGAGGACCUAUCAUCCUAGCUCAGAUUGAGAAUGAGUAUGGAAACAUUAUGGGACCUUUUGGUGAUGCUGGAAAAGAAUACAUUCAAUGGUGUGCAAAUUUUGCGGAAUCUCUCAAUGUUGGUUUACCAUGGAUCAUGUGUCAGCAAUCAGAUGCUCCCCAACCAAUGAUCAACACUUGCAAUGGUUACUACUGCGAUAAUUUUACGCCCAAUAAUCCAAACAGUCCAAAAAUAUGGACAGAAAAUUGGCUUGGCUGGUUCAAAGCUUGGGGAAAGCCAGACCCACAUAGGCCUGCUGAAGAUUUAGCUUUUGCAGUGGCUCGUUUCUUCCAAGCCAAUGGAACACUUCAGAACUACUACAUGUAUCAUGGAGGAACCAACUUUGCCCGCACACCGGGGGGUCCAUACAUCACAACCUCCUACGAUUAUGAUGCUCCACUUGAUGAAUAUGGAAACAUUAGGCAACCCAAGUGGGGACAUUUGAAGGAGCUCCAUGCUGCCCUAAAGUUGAUGGAGAAGGCUCUCACUUAUGGAGAUGUGAAUAACACUGACUUUGGCAAUGGUGUAGCGGCAACUAAAUUCUCAUAUAAUGAGACUCUCUCUGGCUGCUUCUUGAGCAACGCAAACCAAUCUUCUGAUGCUACUUUGGAAUAUCAAGGAGCCAAAUAUUUCUUGCCGGCUUGGUCUGUCAGUAUUCUACCAGACUGUAAGCAAGAAGUGUACAACACUGCCAAGGUUACAACCCAGACUUCUAUCAUGGUGAAGAAGCCCAACAAGGCAGUGGAUGAGGCUUCUGAUCUGAAGUGGUCAUGGAGGCCAGAGAUUUUGGGAUCCUCCGUCAGUGGUCUCGGGGGUAACUUCACAGAGAAUAAGCUCUCAGAUCAGAUAACCACCGCUUUUGAUGAGAGUGACUACUUAUGGUACAUGACAAGUGUGGAUAUCAGUCACCAGCAACAGAUGACACUUCGUGUAAACACAACAGGCCAUGUCCUCCAUGCCUUUGUAAAUGGGCAGCUUGUAGGAUCGCAGUAUGGUCCAAAUGGAAACUGGGUAUUUGUAUUGGAGCAGACAGCGAAUUUUAAAGCUGGAAAGAAUCACAUUUCUCUGCUUAGUGUAACUGUUGGACUAAAGAAUUAUGGUGCACGUUAUGAGCUAGACCCAGCCGGAAUUGUUGGUGGACCUGUUCAAUUGAUUGGUGGAAAUAUCACAAUAGAUCUAUCAACUAAUGAAUGGUCUUACAAAAUUGGUCUGGAUGGUGAGAAAACUAAAGUCUACCUUGAUAACCCAGACCGUAAAUGGUAUUCCGGCAUGAUUCCUACUCAGAGACCCUUCACUUGGUAUAAGACCACGUUCGAAACUCCCCUCGGCUUGGAUCCUGUGGUUGUGGACUUGGUUGGCAUGGGGAAAGGAGCAGCUUGGGUUAAUGGCAAUAACAUUGGACGUUUCUGGCCAAAUUACACUGCUUCAGCUGAUGGCUGCAAUGGAUGUGAUUAUAGAGGAGCAUACAAAGCAGAAAAAUGUCAAACUGGUUGUGGAGAGCCAUCUCAAAGAUGGUAUCAUGUUCCACGUUCAUUCCUGAAGCCUGGAGAGCCAAACGCAUUGGUCUUAUUUGAGGAAGCUGGUGGUGAUCCGGUACAAGUGAAUUUCCAAACUGUCACUGUUGGCACUGCUUGUUCAAGUGCAGACCAAGGGAAGACAUUAAACUUGUCGUGCCAAGGUGGUCUCACAAUCUCCAAUAUAGACUUUGCUAGCUUUGGUGACCCCAAAGGCACUUGUGGAGGCUAUGAGAGAGGUGGCUGCGAGUCUGAUGAAGUGUAUUCUCUAAUUUCAGAGGAAUGUGUUGGGAAAGAGUCUUGUUCCAUUCAGAUUGGAGAGAAUUUGCUGGGCAAAUGCAAUGGCAGUAACACCAGCUCCAAGAGUCUAGUAGUUCAAGCAACUUGUUGA